AUGCACGAGAUCACCGCUUUAUUGCCAUCUGAGGUAGUGCGAACGAUUCCAAAAGCCGCAAUUUUCUCGGCUAAGAUUGCGUCAGCCCACCCAAUCGGCAGCCUGUUCUGGUUGCCCAGCCUUCCUGGUCCUCAAAGAGCAGGCGCCAAUUGGCAUGAUGGCAAGCUACGGUGGCGAUUCGAGCUGCUUGCCAGUGGCACAUUUCCAGAAAGCCACCGGCUCACUGACUACAUUUCCCCGGCAAAGCAGGGUAUUAUUUGAAGAGGCCCAGCAG